CAUGGCCUCCGACUCAAUUUGCAGUUGAAUUUGCGUACUUCAGACCGUCAUCGGUUCAUCACCCACCAAGCUCCAAGGCUGGCCUUCUUCUGCAGAUCACAAGAAAUUGCCGCCAAGCCUACGUACGCCCCUUUUCAUAGGCUGUACCGACCGUUGAGCCCGUUGAUCAGUGCGCCUAAUAUUCCGAGGUCACCGUCACGCUAUCUCCUACAUCCACCAUGCAACCAAAGACAUUGCGAUUUCAGUUGAAACGAAUUCCCUUGGCACUCGUGGUUGGGCUGUUACUAGGCUUGCUAAUUGGAAAGACACUACCAACAAGCCUCUUGUCAACAGGCGGGAACAAUCCCAUAUUCGUGUCUCGCUUGUCUGCUCGCAAACAAAUCACCCUGCCUAGCAUUGACCAGCGCCGCCGUGUCCUAGACCUGCUCUCCACGUUGUCUCCGCACCAUACCACAGAGUGCACACGAAAUUCCCAGCCGCUUUACGUUCAGCAAGUCCGAGACCGAUAUGAUUCUCUUAUAGGACACAAAACUCCUUCUGAAUCCACCUGGUUCUCUUCUUGGGGAUUUUCCGACUCCCAACACGUACACAACGUUCCAAAAAAAGAGCACAAAUAUUUUUUCGCCAUCAACUUGUAUAACUCCUUCGAUGUCAUUCCUGACUUGUUUGCAACUCUUUUUCGAGUCUCUGCUAUCUUGGGGUAUCACAACGUCUAUGUCUCCAUAUACGAAAAUGGCUCGACAGACCAGACGAAAGCGCUGCUACGAAUAUUCGACGCCCUCACUCGUAGUGUAGGCUUACGUGUUACUAUUCGAACCUCUACACGUACACGAGGUGCCUUCAACCAUCGUAUAGAGUACCUUGCGGAGGUCCGCAACCAGGCUUUUAACCCACUCCACGAGCUCCGCGACUCGCACAACGAGUACUUUGACACCAUCAUAUUUAUGAACGAUAUCCUCCCAUGCGUGGACGACUUGCUUGAGCUGAUCUGGCAAAGUAGGCGGAAUAAUGCAGGUAUAACAUGUGCUUCUGACUACAUGUAUCAUAAAGAGCUGUCCUCCCCCGUGUUUUAUGAUAAUUGGGUCGCCCGCGAUAUCAACGGGACAGCGUUGGAAAAUGCUCCGUUCGAAAGCGUCUUCCAUGAUCCCUACUCCUCCGACCGUUUCCAGAUGCACCUUCCCAUACAGGUCCAGUCGUGUUGGAAUGGCAUUGCAGUCCUGGACCCUGCUCCAUUUUACACCCCCCCUUAUAUCAAAUUCCGUAUGGCUCGACUCACAGAUGAGGAGUGUUCUGCUUCAGAGUGUAGUUUGAUCUGCAAUGAUUACUGGCAGGCUGGGUAUGGGCGUAUAUUGAUGGUACCGCGGGUGAAGCUAGCGUACGACAAAAGAGUAUUUGAUAUCAUACAUCCUUCAAGACGGAACCUUACUGCUAUCCGUGGUUAUAUGCGUCUUGGGGGACUUCCGGACAAUCCACGGACAGAUCCACAGGACCGGUCAUGGUUUGGUCCUCAUGACCGUUUGUUCACGCCGGAGGAAAGUGAAGAGCUUGAUUUUGUGCCCGGGCCUUCGCAUGUAUGGUGUUGGGGCUGGGACGGUGCAGGCGAUAUAGAUGGUCCCGAUGUGGAUCCAAUCUGGGAGCGGAUGCCCGACCGUUCGCAGCAUGUAGAUUCUGUGAAGGUGAAGCAUCACAGGGAGAUGAGCGAGCUGUGAUGCGUUCGGACAUAACAUGGACAUCUGGGUAGUAUGAUCUGUUAAUUGCGUCGAACUUAUUUGGUUUGCGUGGUGUAUCUCUACGAAGGUAUGUCUACUAGAGACGCGAUUCUGUGGAAUUUCAAAAGUGCUUGUCUUCCCACUGCAGUUUACUUGCUAGACUCGUCAUCCCUAAGAGUAGCUUCAGUCAAUGUUAAGUUAUUGCGGUAA